AUGCGUUUCAACAUCUUAUCCGCUGUCAUCGUUGCGCUCUCGGCCUCAACAACCUGCGCCCAAGUCAUCGAGCCCAAGGCUGUUGUUGAUGCUAUCGACAAGAUCACCGACUUGUCCAGCGACACUGCCGAUGCCGCCGAAAAGGUGCAGCAGGGUGAUGUCACUGCCAUUGUGCCUGCGGGCUUCAGAGUCGUCAAUGGUUUCAAAGAUAUCAUCAGCACUGUGACCAUGACCAUCUCCGACCUGGGACAGAUGGAUCCUCCCGAAGAGGAUUUCGCAGAAGAGGACCAGAACGCUAUUUGCAAGGCAUUCACCGGGUUCGUCAUGGUUCACCAGGAUCUUCUCCGCGUCGUUAUCGGCAAGAAUAGUCUGCUAGCUAGUCUACCCGUUGGUAACGCCAUUGCCUCCGUUCUCCGCACUUUGGAGGGUGGUGUUGAUGAGGUGGCUAAGAAAAUCAUCGAACUUGUGCCAACCUGCGCUGAGCAGGCUAAGAAGGACCUCGGGGAUCUUGAUGAUACUAUCAGCAAAGCGAUCAAGACUUACUCCUCCUAA